GUCUCCUGAAUAAGACUUUAAGAAAGCUCCGCCCUGUGCCUCUUCUCACGUCGACGAGAUAAUACGGGCAAUGGAACCAUAACCUGAACACUCUGAGGUCCACCCGAGCAGUCUGGCAAAGUCAUGUUUAUGUCCAUCUGCUUAAACUACCUCCCCUCUCUGGCAGCGCCCCCUUCUUUCUCCCCUCCCACCUCCUGGAAAACCCAGAUUACUGUAGAGGGUACUCGACCGGCGAGAUGCACUUUGUGCCCGGACAAGUGCAAGCUGGUGGCGGCAUUUCAACUAUCUUUCCCUCUAUCUGUACCACAUACGUUGGUUGGGGCCCGGGGCAGUCCUUUCGGCCUUCGUCGGCCGCUUUGGGUUCGUUGUGUUUGUGCUCCUUGGCGGAGCAUGUCGUGUUUUCGAAAGGUACAUGAGAUGUGGUUACCUCUUCCACGCCUGGAUGGCGUCGUGGUCGGGUGGUUGGGUCCCAGCGGGUGCUGGCUCAGACUGCAGCCUCUUCUGGGGCUGGGGGUCCUCUCGGUCGUCGUUUUCUAGGGCCCGUUUGAGGAGGUUGCUGAUGCGGGCAUUGCCCAACACCGGCGUCAGAGAGUUUUGCGGCGGAGGCAGGUUUUUCAAGCAAGUUUCGAAUAU